AAUGCAGACGAAAAUUGAAGCAAAUCUCAAAAAUUGACAGUUUGCGUCUUGCGUGGUGUUUCUGCCUCUAAACGCCUGAAGUUAGCGAGAAAAUUCAUAGAAAAAGAAGCAUGGAUGUCAAUCCGUUGGCGGUAAUUUUGGUCGAAAACGGUAGCAAAGGUGAUCGUUUGUUGUUUCGCUAUCCUUAUGAUACUCAAGCUACACCAAACUUUGCAAAACGUACACGCGCAAAGCAACUGCAAACUCCAUACCCCCAGAUCAGUGCUGAAGAUAUGCAAAAAACAAGUGCAGCAUAUUCCAGUACAAUUAGUGGUAGUGUUCACAGCUUUCCAAGCAAAGUAUUAUCCAAUUUGUUUGCUGUGAAAUCAGAAUUGUGUGGAAAAAAAUUUGAAAUAAAAAUAAAUGACAUUCGGUUUGUCGGUCAUCCACUUCUUGUUUACCACCAGGGUGAAGGCAAAUCUGCUGGCUCUAGCCAGGAAUCAAUUUUGUCUUUCAAUGUAGUUUUUGCCUUAAAGGCAUCUGCAAGUCAUGCAGUAGUUGACUGUUAUCAUGAAGUAAGCAAGAGAAUAGCAGCUGCACUUUGGCAUGAAGAGCGUAGAGUGGCAUAUUUGAGUGAAGAAGCCAAGGUCAUGACAUCCACUCAAGAUGACAUUUCUUCGGAAUUGCCCGAUGAUCCACUAGAUGUGCCGUACCAUUUAAUUUUACAACGAAGUCAGCUUGCGCGCGACUUGCGUCGUGUCUACGAAGAUUUACAAAUUUCUGGGAAGAUACAUUUGCGCAUCAAUCGAUGGAUUCUGAUCAGCUGCUGUUUACCUCAAAAAAUCUACCACCUUCUUGACCCUGGACUUGUUAUUGAACCAGCAGACAUUCAUGCUUGCAUGGAAGCAUUGAGACCAUACCACGCCAUUUUGCUGCUUGGGGACAAAGAAAAAAUCAUCAAUAAUCUACCUCUUGAUUCGUCCCCCGCUUUGAAACGACUCAUAAAUCUUGCGAAUCCCCUAAAAAGUUUACAAACUUUAGCAGCCGAUGCUGACUUGACGCUAUCACACGUCUUUCAAUUAGUGGGUCACAUGCUAUACUUUGGACACGCAACCAUUAUAUAUCCUCUUUGUGAUAGCAAUGUUUACGUCCUUGCAGGCAGUGCCAACACUUCCCCACAAUCCAAACUUGCUGAUGUCUUCUCCGAAAUGUUCAAUAGUGCUUGUUUAAUUCAGAUUAUGUCCGAAUUUUCCGUUCCUGUAUCAUUGAGCCAGAGAAGGAAUCCACUCGCCACUCCAGAGCAAGAAUCAGAGGAAAUUAAAAUUAUUAUUUGGAUGCUGCAACAUCAUUUGCUCAUACAAUUGCACACAUAUGUACAUAUUGUCGUUGAUGACAUGCAUCCGAGAUCAUUUAACAAGGGUUCAUUUCGUAGUGCCAAAACGACGCGUGUAACGUUUGCAAGUCGCCAGUCCACUCCAGAUGAAUUGAAUGCUGGAUCCAGCCUUACACGAAUGCCCAGCGAUAGCGACAUGGCCUCUGUUAUUAGUGACGAGGCUUUGUCCAGUCCACCUUCACAUAAGAGCAUCAGUAGUAAAGCUCCGUGGUCAAUCGAAAAUAUUCUUUCGGCCUCUCUGAGUAAUGCUGAAAGAGAGGCUGUCCUUCAAGUUGAUGCCGCUGCCAACUCAGAAGACUUGGAACUUUUUGCUCGGCUUUGCAAAUAUUUCCGCGGGAAACACCAUCUAGAGGAAAUCAUGUACUUGGAAAAUGUUCGAAGAUCGGACCUACUUCACCUUAUUGACAAAUUUCGAACUAUUCUCAUUACAUUCGAACAUGAAGAUUCAGCUUGCUCCGUUUUCUACAAGAAUUCUACAACUUAAAUAUCAUAUUUUUCAGUGGAAAUCAAAAUUGGUGAAUGUUAUAUGGAAGUCGUUUUCACUUGAUUUAAGUUAAAAGCGGUAUGUGAACAUUGGCGUUAACACUAGCUCGCAUCAAAAACCCUCCCUAUUGGUCUCCUACGAAGCCGACUGUUGCCGUAGCUCAAUACCUGUGUCUACAUCGCAGCUUGCGAGGUAAUCUUACGUCAGGAAGUCGGUUGGGGGCUAGUGACAGAUAGGCCAAUGUCGCAUUCCUGUUCAACCUUUGUAAACUUUAAAUUUUAUCUCAGGACAGUAUAUGUUUUAUUUGCUAUUAAAAUAUGAAUUUUCCUAAAUAUUUUACAAAAUCCUUAGAAUCAAAUUUGGCAGAAAGUGAGAUUGCUAAUUGUUUGGUAAAGCAAGAAUAAAUAUAUCUACUUUUACAUA